CGUCGCGGUGCGCCGGUGCAGUAACCAGAGGCGGCGGUAAGGUGACAGAAGGUUGCGUUAUCAGUUAGCUUGGUGUUGCUCGGAGUCUAGCCUGGUUGUGUGUUUGCUAAAGCCGGCUCGUCUUCACUGCAGUGGGCGUUAGCUGCUUGCACAGCUCGCUAGGCUAACGCCGGGUUCUAGAAGGCACGUUGUAACAUUCAGGUAAUGUCCAGUGUUGGUAUAGUACCUCUGAAAUGCCUGGUUCACUGCAAGACAAACGUCCAGCAUACAUCACAAUGUCUGCCGCUGAAAAAGGAAAAAACGGCCUUUGAGUGGGGCAAAAGGAGGCAGAUUCAGAUGGAUCAAAAUGCACGGAAAGUUCGGAACCAGGACAUUAACCCCUGCAUCGAAGAGAGCGAUGACUCCCAGAAGUGUCUGAAUGCCUACAACUAUGAUAAAAGCAUGUGCUCCACCUACUUCCAGAGAUAUAAGAACUGUAGGAAAUACUGGCACAACAUCAUGGUGCAGAGGAGAAGAGAUGGUGUGAAACCUGACAUGCCCACUGCUGCAGAGAGGCUGGAGAUGCUUACUUCACUGGGAGGCAAGCCCUACUAAGAGCGAGCCCAGUCACAUGCACACUGGGAAGAGCAGCUGGCCUUCAGCCUGUGGUGGAGUCAACACUGCAGUUCUGUGCUCCAAAGACUCGCCUACUCAAAUCCAGCUCAUCAGACACUUGGAACAGUUUUACUUUUUCUGCUUUUAGCUGCAGACUUGGUGCUGUUUAAGGAUUUGACAGUAAAGAUUCAAUAGAAAAACACAAUUUCACCCUAAGGUGAGCACAGGUGUCUUUGGAUCAUAUGUUAUUGCUUAUAAAAAUCCAUUACUCACGACACUGUGGACUGUCUGCACACAGGGGACCAGGUGUGGUGUCACUGUUUUCAGUGAUACCUGCAGGAGUUUCACAGCAUAGGUUACCUCGAUGAAGUGAAGCGCCUUCAUAGAACAACAAACCCACCAUUAGCCCUGAAGUCACCUGGAUAAACCCAAAGCCAGCUUGGCAUUGCUGCUAGUCUAAAACAGCCUGUGAGGAACUAGAUGCUGAAUGUUUUCUAUGACCAUGGUCGAGUGUGCAGCCUGUGAACCUGUAACGAGUGUUUCUGUCUCUUAAUAAACAUGCCUCCAUUA